UAGAAAGACAGUUGUUUUGACAGAACCGGUGACUAAGUGGAGGAAUGUUCGUGGUCAUAAUAUCCUGGGCUUAAUGUACCAAGAUGCAUCAAGAUGGGGGAUAACAUUACAGACUUACAUACAGCUUACAAUGUUGGAGCAGCAUACCAGACCAAUGAUUUCCCCAGUAAGAAUGAUGGAGCGAUCAAUUCACAGUGCAAAAUAUAUCUUUGUAGAAAAUUUGUAUCGAAGCGGAAAAAUGCCAGAGGUGGAUUAUGUUGUCCUAACUGAAUGGUUUGACUGGAUCCAGAACAACACUGAUGUUUCGGUUGAUUUGAUAGUUUAUCUGCAGACUUCUCCUGAGGUUUGUUAUGAGAGGUUAAAGAGAAGAUGCAGAGAAGAGGAAAAGAUCAUUCCUCUGGAAUAUUUAGAAGCUAUUCAUCAGCUCUAUGAAGAGUGGCUCAUUAAACAUACACUAUUCAAAGUUUCCUGCCCAGUGCUUGUUAUUGGAGCUGACCAUGACAUGCAGAAAAUGAUAGAAAAGUAUGAAGAAAACCGGGACCAAAUACUGAAUCCAUAUAAUAUGCAACACCAUUUAUAGAUGUCUGCAGUUGUAUUUUAAAAAACAUGUUUAUGAAUUCUGAUUGGGGGGCAAUUUUGAGUAUAUUCAGUAUUUCUAAAUAUAAUGGUUUUUGCUUUUGAAUUAUGCUUUGUAGAAUGUUGUGGACUUACUGCUACGAAAUGUUCAGAAACAAGUCAUAAACAGAGUACAAGCCAAUUCCCUUUCAUGUUUUUACAUUCUCCAUCAGCUUUACUGUGUCAAUUUGGUUCAGCUAAAAUAACAGCUGUUUCUCCCAUUUCCCACUUCACUGCUGCUUCCUAUAAGUCACCUAAGUUGUUUCUUUUUUCUUCCCCCAAGACAACCCUAUUUUUGCAAUUUGAAAGAAAUAGUUCCAUACAAGAGGUGGGAUGUCCUCUUUUAUUAUUAGAGGAAGCAAGUGAAGUGCAUCAAGUUAAAGUAGUUUUGUUAAAUUGGUCUUAUCAGGUUGAAAUAGGGGUCUUACUCUAAUCCUACCUACAAUAGUGCAAUUUCAUUGAAUUCAGUAAGUUUCUUCUGCUUUACAUGAAAUCACAAUACAGCUGUAGUUCUGAGGAUAACAAUGCACUAGCAUAGUCCCACUGAAUUCAGUGGCAAAAAAAAGAAUAACAGUUUUCUUAAGUGAUUGCAGAAUGGCUCUGAGGCUCUUUCUUAAAGGCAGGUUAUUAAAAGGGCUUAUUUCUCUCUAGUUUCAUGAAAUCACUGGCCCUACCAUGGCUGAGUUGAGGGCUAGUGAAAAUACAGGAUGCACAGAACUGUAUUUGUUGUUCCUUUCAAAUGGUUAUAAAAAACCUAAAUUAAUUGAUUUCUUAACUAUUUACGAUUCUUGGAUUGUACUUUUUUUAUAAAGAAAAAUACAGAUGGUUCUUUGGGUUUAUACCUUGAUUGGUUUAUUGUGACUUACAGGUACUUGGAGAGUAGAGAAACAUAGUGGAGAUUUCAUUCUUGCACUUGUUAGCUUAAGUGUCGAGUUGCUCUUAAUUUCUGCUUUGCCCUCCGAGUGUUGUCUUCAAGAUAAUCCUUUUAAUGCAGCAGUUGUGACUGUUUUCCCAUUACUUUUUCUGUUUAAUUUGAGGGGAACAAUUCCUGAAGUAUGGUAUAUAACUUUUUUUUCCCCCAAUAGUUUUGGUUGGUUUAGUUGGAGCAAGGAAGGUUAACAGUGCUUUAAAACAUGCUUAUGUUAAUGUAGUUGCGCAUCUGUCAUAGCUUUGUAGUGAAUGCUCCUAAAAAUGGCUAAUGUCCAAGACUUCAGUUAGUACUUUGAUCACUUACUACAGACAUUUGUCUGUAACUUGUUGGAGGAUAUAAAUUUUCAGUUACUUGGCUUUUCCAUGUUCUACCUGAUUUUGAACAAUAACUGAUAGUAUUACUUUUGGAGAUUACUGCUUUUAUUUUGUAGUUUUGUGGUAUGUCUAAAAAUGUUUGUAGCUGACAUGACUGCACCGUUUUCCAAGGCAGGAAAUGCAGUUCAUUUCUUGUUAUUUCCAUCUGGUGGGAUACUUUUUUCCCAAAUCAGUACAACUUAAUAAUGAUCAGUGCACUGAGAGAGCAUUUCCUAGUGAAGUACUAUAUUAGUAUACUAAAGCUUGUGAACUCAGUAUUGCCAUUCUAUUGUUCUGUUGUAAAGCUUUAGAAUUCUAGCUUAAAAAUAAGAUUUUGUGUGUUAAGUAAUCAUCUUACUUAUUGAAGCUUAUUUGUAGGGGGAUAGUAGUAAUUCUUGAAACCUUCUGUUAAACUUUCAAAGUUUUUUCUUCCGUAAGAGACCAAAAGAACUAUUUCUUUCGCAAUAGUUCUAUAAACUUGAACUUCAGUUGUCUUCAGUUUAUUCUUAAUUCUAAUUUCAUUAUGGGCUGUAGAAGCCAAGGAUGUAUAUUUUGCACACAGUCCAGAAAAUAGCACUUAAUUGUUUUAUGCAGAGAAUCUUACAGUACAAAGAAUCUCACUGUUAUCUUUCAGCUUUUGAAAGCAGCUUAUGCUUUGUGGUCAGAUUUUUUUUCCCUUUCACUGUAUCAAAACAGUAGUUUGGAGGUUAUUGAUAUUCAUAAUUGUAAUGGAAUAUAAAGGAAUCAUUUCUAUAACUUAUUAAAAAUUACAGAUGCAGUGGCUACAGAGAACAUGUUUAUUUUAUGUUUUGCUAUCAAUUUUCAUGUAUAGAUUUUCAUAUGCAGGAAGGUUGUGGUAUUUAAUGAAAACUGGGAACAAAACCAAACAGGUUGCUUGUUAUGUGUCAUAAAUGUAAAAUGUUUGCAGUCUGCUAUAGAUGUGUAGAUAAAAAUACUGUAGUAAGCAUAAACAGCUGUUUUUAAGCCUGAAAUUUA